AUGGAUCUUCACUUUGGAACACCAGCUCGACUCGAGCGUCAGAUCGCUCAGGAUCUGAUGGAAACGCAGUCCGAGUUCGAUCUUUCCAUGCCUGGGGGCGAUACCCGCGAUAUCAGCGCUUCCCUCACAACAACAAGGACCCCGCUGGGUGCAACCAAUCGACACAACUCAUCCUUCUCGAGGCCGUCAGACACCUCGGACGUGUCGUUCACCUCCCCCGCUAAGCAGACUCACCUCGCUACACCGCACGCCAGUAAGCAGCCCGUGACUUUGGCUGCUGCCAUUCAGAAUGCGCGACAACACCCCAGCAGCAAUGCCGUACAGGACACGCCCGUCAAAGCGAUGUCAUCCUCGUCGUCGGCCUCCAGCGUGUCCGACUCGCCGCAUUCAGUGCAGUUUCCGGAUCCAUACACCCACAUCAGAAGCACCUCGCCGCCGCUCACAUCCACCCCACAACGCACGGUUGGUGCAGCAUCUACGGUUGGAUCAAGGUCGCGCACCGUCAUGACCGCUCGUCCACUGCAUCCUUCUACCGCCGAGAGCACCGCCACACAUCGAUACGAUGAGACGACAAAGACGUCGACUUCCAGAGCUGCUCAUUCCACGCGCUCUGCUUCAGCCUUGCUUGACGACCUCACCGAGUCGUCCAUCGCGCCGGAGGAUGCAUCCGACCCUGAACGCGUAUCUGAAGCUCCCUCGCCAGAGUUGCACGAGGCUCAAGUGAAUCAGCAGCAGCAUCAGCAAGAUGGCCGCGACUUUGUGGUCUACGAUGCUCCCCCAGCUGCUUCUUCAUCACGGAAUGCGUCUCCUGCCUUGAGUCAGAGCUCGACUGGCGGUAAUGGCGAUGGUAUUGACUGGAGGCAGCGUCGCGCACAGCGCCGGCAACUGGUUCAGAAUGACGAGUCGGCUGUAGAUGACGACGAGACCCAGGCUCACACAGAGGCAGAUACCCGCACCUUGGCCUCAUCGCAGCCCGCUGGCACCGCCGCUACCCGUGCGGAAUCGGUAGCAGAGACCGAGUACACCGCCACUGCCUAUUCUAGUCCAGCGGCAGCUCGUCUCGCGCGUCAGGUCAUCAUCGCGAGGUCAACUCCGGAAUCGGCAACCAGCACACCGAAUCGACCGCUUCAAUCCGACCUUGUUACGCCCAAGCAUGCUUCUGCUUCCGAAGAGCGCGCCAGAAUGAAGCAGUAUCUUCUCAACAGCGUGAAAGCAACCGAAAAGACCCGUUCGCGCUCCGGUCGAUCUUCCGACGCGCAUCUCGAAGCCAUCGAGCGUCUCAAAGCGCAAGCACAGCUGCACAGGACCCCAGGCUCCCUCUCCGAAGGUGAUGCGAGAACCACGGAGGAUGGCUCACCGGCCACAUCCACCGACCCGACGCCUCGACGCAGAAUGGACCGCCUUGGCAAGGCCAACACAUUCGCAGCAGGGCGCACGCCUCUGCCCAAAGGGGGGGUUGCUGAGCUGCUCCGACGCGGCGCCCUCUUUGGUGUCUCGAACUCAAGUGCCGCUUCCAGCCUAGCCGCCGAGAGUCCUCUUCGCGCAGGACCAGAAGCAGUAGAACCCGCCAAAGAUGAUGACGUAGCCAGCGCUGUCGGCUCGACCACGACGUACUCAGAAGCCUCGUCCAACGACCUCGCUCUCGCUCCGAAUGGGUCCAAGCACGGUGCUAUGGGUCUGCGAGCCAACACCUCUUUUCCCGGUCUCGGCGCAGCCGACGCUGGUACUGAAGCAAACUCAGUGGCAAGGCCGCGCGUCGAUGCAGCCAAGCUCGCACUCUAUCAGAGCAAGCUCAAUGCGCGGCUCGACGCCGAGAACGAAGAGCUCAAACGCGAGCGUGACCAGCUGCUUCAGAAGCUCGACAGACUGGAGGCUGGCUUAUCCAGUGGAGCCUCUUCUGCUGAGCUCGAUGCUGUCCAUCAACAGUUGCAGGAUGAACGUCAGCGGGCCGAGGCUCUCGACAAAGAGGCGCAAGAGCUUGCUGACCUUCUGGACGACAAAGAACGGGAGCUCGUUUCGCUCAAGGCUUCACAAGACGUGCCGCAGACCAACGAGGGACAGGAGCAAGAACUGCGAGACGAGAUCAGCGAGCUGCAAAACUUACUCAAGGACAGAGAGGAAGACCUCGAGGAGCUCGAGGCGCGUCUGCAGCGAGAACGAGCUCAAAUGGAAGAGCAAGUCCAGCAAGCGAAAGCAUUUUCCUUCCAGACCCUCGACAAGAUCGAGACCGAGAGAGACCAAGCUCUCGAGCGCGUUCACGCACUGCAGGCCGAGCUUUCGGAGCUGCUGAAAUCGGAACCGUCUUCUCGGUCGGUCACACAGGAUGGCGAGGCCGGCGCGGCGCUUCGCAUGCAAGAGCUGGAAGCUGAAAGAGCGAGCCUAGCAAAGGAGCUGGAGUCGCAAAGCGAAACAGUUCGCAACUUGCAGACCGAGAUUGAGUCUCUCCAGGACCAGGGCAGCAGCGAUGCCGCUCGUAUCCGUGGCUUGGAACGCCGUCUCAACGCAGCCAACGCGCAGCUCUCGAGGGGUGCAAGCUCCGAACCAGCCGACAACAGCCAGGCAAUGCAGGUCGAAAGUGUCAAGGACGAACUCCGCGAAGCACAGGCCUACAUUGCAGAAUUGGAAGCAAGAGCCAACGAUCCAAAGUCGUCGACGUCAUCUUCGGUGCAAGACGAGAGAAUUCGGUUCCUCGAGCGACAAAAAGCCGAGCUGGAAGACCGAGUCCAACAGUACCGCGAGAUGAUCAGCAAGGGCGUUGGCACCAACCUCGCCAACUUGUCCAAGAACGAUGACAGGGGCGAUGCUGCAUCCAUCUCGCCAGUGACGCCCGGAAGGACGCCACACGGGUCCUCGCCGCUGCCAAAAUCGGUCAUGAGCCUGCGAAACAUCUCUGCUGUCAAGACGCCUCGCUCUCCAGGCCCGCUCAGUGAAGCCUCUUGGCUGUACAACGAGUCGAGUCUCGGCGCGGCCAAUGUCGUCGACAGGAUCGCGUAUCUCGAAGGAGCGCUUGAUGAGGCCAACGCCUCGAUCGAUGCAAAGCUGCAGCAGCUCGACGAGGCGGGUGUUGCGCACCUCACCCUAGCCGAACGACUCCAACAGGCCCACGAGCGCAUCGCCGAGCUCGAAGCGGAGAUCGAACGGCUUCGCAUGCUCGGCGGACUCAGCGGAGACACGUCCACCGCAAGCCCCAACAAGAGCGUCAGCCAGCGACAAAAAGUCUUUGCCGAUGUACACGCUCAGCUCGAGGCGCUCAAGAGCCGGUGGGCCGCCGACAAUGAUAAGCUGCAGCAACGCGAAAGGGAGCUCGAGCGUCGGGAGCGAGAGCUGCAGGACCGCAGCACGGAGAAGCGCCAAUACCAGGAAGUAUUGGCCGAGCUCGAUCGCUUCAAGGAAGCCGCCUCCUCGCUGCAGCAAGACUUGCAGCGCGAGCGAGCUCAGCAACGCAGCAAGCUCGCCGAGACGCGCGCCGCUAGCCAGCAGAAGGACUCGAUCGAGGGCAGCCUGUCGCGCACUCAAGCCGAGCUCGACGCGGUCAAGCGCAAGCUGGAGCAGAAGAUGGGCGGACUUGAAGCCCUUGGUCGCCAGUACAUGGAGAGGGCGGUGCAGCCCGAGGGCUCGCUCGCUCGCCGCGAAAAGGCACAGCUCGACAGCCAAGCCGAGCAGCUGGCCGAUCGCUUCCAUGCGGCUCAGUCCGAGGUCGAAAUGCUCAAGGCCGAGCGCAACGACCUUCUCACGCAACGUGCUGACCUGCACAAGAAAUUUGCUACGGCCAACGAGAACUACGAACAGGUGCUUGCCGACCUGGCUGCCUCGCGAACGGCGUUGGCCGAGCACCAGGCGCAGCUGGACGAGCAGAUCGAGCAGAUGGAGGCAGCGCACGCAGCCUUGCGCUCCAAGAAGGUGGCCUACGAGAAGAUCGCCGGCGAUCGUGACCGUCUCCGAGCCGAGCGCGACUUGAUCGUCCACGAUGUGGGCAUGUUCGAGCAGGAGCUGCGCAAGCUGCGUCGCGAGGCAGACCGACAGGGUGCCGAUUUGGAAGCGCUGCGAGCCGAGCGCGAACAAGCCCGACGUCAGCUGGCCUCCGACGGCGACGCCAAGGACCGAGAGCGUGCCGAGUUCAUGAUUCAGGUCAGGACGUUGGUCGACCAGCUCAAGUCCAAGACGCAAGAGGUGGACAGGAUCAAGACCAAGCUCGACGAUCUCGAGCGAUCUCGAACCAUGGCACCGCCGCCCUACGUGGAGGAGCACUCGCUCGUCGCAGCACGCAAGAUGCACGAAGCCGAAUGCAAGGGCCUCAUCCUUCAGAUCAAGUACCUCAAGCUCAAGCUCAACCGCCAGAUGGACCUCCGAGCCGACUUGACCCACCAGAAGCAGUACAUCAGCCUGCUUCUGCAAGGCUUCGCUCGCUCAGACAAGGAGCUCGGUAGACUCAUCUUCGACCUCAACCUUCAGCAUCACUCCCGAGACACGCGGAAGAGGUCGGACGAGGUGAAGCGCAGAUGGGCCAAGGCUCUCAACGCGGCGAGCGCGGUGGCAAGAAUGCGCCUGUUAGCGGGCAAGGCAAGGCAGGUCAAGGAGAUCAAGCAGAGUCUGCAGAAGGCUCAUGAGGAGGUUCAGUCGCGGAGAAAUGUCGUACCGGCACCGAACACCAUCGGGUUGAAGGCUGGAUUGGCAGCUGGCGGCAGAAGAUGA